AUGUCAUAUCAUCUUGAACAUCAACCUUUGGAGGACUACCAGUCUAUACGCUUUGAGUUCCCUGAUAAGGACAUCAUUUUGAUUAGGGAUUCCAACAUCCCCGGCCCCGAGGAAGGAACAAAACCUGGGUCUCGAUGGACACUUGUGUUUGAUGGAGCUUCUAACGCUCAUGGAAAUGGAAUUGGGGCAGUCAUCACCUCCCUAACUAGUUUUUAUCUACCUUUCACCGCAAGGUUGUGUUUUGAAUGCACCAACAAUAUGACGGAGUACGAGGCCUGUAUUUUCGGCAUUGAAGCUGCAAUUGAUCUUAGGAUCAAAAUUUUUGAAGUCUACGGAGAUUUGGCUUUGGUCAUCAGCCAAGUCAAAGGAUAUUUGGAAGCUCGAGAUCACAAGCUAAUCCCUUACAAGAAGCAUGUCCUUAAGUUGAUCCCGUACUUCGAUGAGAUUUCAUUCCAUCACAUCCCUAGAGAGGAAAGUAUGUUGGUCGGCUCCUUAGCAACUCUUUCAUCCAUGUUUAAGGUCAAAUGGAAAAAUGAAGCACCAUCUUUUCACCUUGACUACUUGGACGAGCCUGCUUAUUACUUGGCAACCGAAGAUGAAGUUUUUGGCCAUCCUUGGUUCUAUGACAUCAUGAAGUUCCUAUAA